CUUGGCCCGGGUCUGGGUGCGCGCGGCCGCGGGCAGGGUGAGACGCGGCGAGGCGGUGUUGGAAAGGUUUCACCGAGACGCGCCAUCUGAAACAAUCCUUAAAUUUCGAAUCUGAGGCCACGUGACUGGUCAGGGUUAUGUCAACGGUCAAAAUUGAGCAUACUCACGUGUAGGUCUCUAGCGAACGCAUUGUCGAGCCCAGUUUUGUAUGUAUGUAUGUAUGUAUGGAUGUAGGUAUGUAUUUACGAUCGUGGGCGAUCCACACAUGGCGUGGCGAUUACUGCCCCGGCUUACUUACGAACAAAAGGAUAUCGAUAUUUAGGGAAAUGAAACAACUCAGAAUGGCACCAAAUUACAAGAGGAAAUCAGAGGAAGGAGGGUCAGGAGAACGCCAGUCAAAGAAGGCAGCGAAUGAGUCGGCGAAGGAGGCGUUUGUGAGUGACGCAAAGGACUCUACGGGAACCGCUUGGAAUUUUAAAAUAGCGUCUUGGAAUGUGGCUGGCUUGCGAGCCUGCGCUAAGAAAGAUGGGUUUAAAUAUAUCGUCAAGGAGGAUCCCGACAUUAUGUGCCUCCAAGAAACUAAAUGUACUAAAGCCAAGCUACCCAUCGAAGCAGAGCUCAAGGACUAUCACCCUUACUGGCUAUCAGGAAAAGACGAAGGAUACUGCGGUGUGGGUCUGUAUAGCAAGAAGAAGCCGCUCAAUGUCACAUACGGAAUCGGAGACAAAACACAGGACGAGGAAGCCAGACUGAUCACCGCAGAAUAUGACAACUUCUAUCUGGUAACAUCAUACGUUCCAAACUCCGGGAGAAAACUGGUGACCCUCCCCAAACGGAUGGCAUGGGACAAGCUUCUAAAAGAGCAUCUCCAGAAGCUGGAUGAAAAGAAGCCUGUUAUCUACUGCGGGGAUCUCAACGUCUCCCACAAAGAAAUCGACUUGAAGAACCCAGCGACCAACAAGAAGAACGCUGGUUUUACGCAGGAGGAGCGCGACGGCUUCACGGACCUUCUUACUGCUGGCCAGGAUGGUCUGGUUGACACAUUCAGACACUUCUACCCGGACAAAAAGGAUGCAUACACCUUCUGGACAUUCAUGGGAAACGCUAGGGCGAAAGACGUUGGAUGGCGCCUGGACUACUUUGUCGUCUCGAAGCGCCUGAUGCCUCGAGUGUGCGACUCUCUGAUACGGAAGGAGGUGAUGGGCAGUGACCACUGCCCGAUCGUGCUGCUCAUGAACACUGAGGGCAUGUGAACCGACCGGGGCCGACCAGCCUGACCUCCGGCAAACGUGCGCCGGCUGCCGGCCGGCACACGCAGCUUGGAGAGGUUGGCUGAUGCGCGAGAUGAACAGCGAAUUUCGUCACGUCUGUCACGCCGCCAUCAUUGAUGGCUCCAUUCCGACUUCAGUUAAUUAAGCGUCAGUGAUGCUCGUCUGUUGUGCUUUGAAAUCGUAGUGAUAUUUUGCGAAGCCUCGAGUCAUGCAAAGUGAUAGCUGUGAGGUCGGACGUAACGUUGGUACCUGGUUUUGAAUAUGUUGUUUUUUAUUGCCCGUGUGAGUUUCAUGUAAAGUGUAGUGGUCGCUUGUGCCAUAGAACGGAAAGUUGGCUGGAUGCGGUAGCAUAGGGACGUCUCUCUCAGCGCUGCCGGCUGCCGCCACGACACAUUUUGUGCUGUUUCACUACCUACAAUACCCAAUAGAUCUUACUCUCCUCGUACAGAUAGACAAUACAUUCAGCAGUUACGUUUG